AUUUAUCAUCUUUCAAGUUAGUUAACUUAGUUAACUUAGUUACCACAAACAGAGAACUUCUUUUUAUUCAACCCGUGCAUCCCAUUUCUUCUUUCUCUGCGACACAAAUAUCUCCCUGUCUCUUCCACUUUCAUAGCUCUCUAUCACCAUUUCUCGAGUAUCACUCUUUUUUUCGUUCCGGGAAGUCGGGGAUUUGUCUAUUUGUUUUUUUUUUCAUCUAGCAAUCAAUUGGCCUUGAGAAAUGGAAAUGUGGCAGUGUUAUAAUUGAACCUACCCGACGCCGAACGACCAAGCUUCUCAUGACAGCAUAGAACAUUACUUGACGGCCGCUUAAUCACGCUUUCAAACGACUAGUUAUCAGAUUCCGCAUCAAUUGACCUGAAUGACACGUACUUGCUGCCUCCGUCUAAUAAUUCGAAUAUCCAUUCAUUUUUGUUUGUGGCGGCCUGUCUCGCUGUCUCUCUCCCUUUCUUCUUCUUCUUCUUCUUCUUCUUCCCCCCUUCGUCUAACCUGACGCUCGUUGCCAGCUGUUCAUUCGUUGAGCUAAACACUGAACUUGUCGAACGGCACACAAUUUUAAAAAAUAAAAAGAACCUUAUGUGGGAUUCAUUUAUAAAUAACAACGUUUCUGUUUAGCGUUUAUAGAUCCGCUGGCUUUGUUCUGUUGAAUCUCCAGACCUUUUGAUUUUCUUAAUGACUUCUUAGACUUCCCGGUUACAUAUGUUUUGACUUCCUGGACUUCUUUCUUUCUUCCUCUCUUUGCCCUAUUUCUAGUGUUUAUUGUGCUAAAGAGACGGGUGGUUAUAAUUAUUUUAAUACCCUUUUCCAUUCGUUAUCCCUUCAUAGGGGGUCUUCCUUUGCUUUCUGUAUUUUACCUGGGUUUAUUUUAUAUUCUGCUGUUGCUACUGCUGUCUCGUUCGUUUUUGAGCCUCCCCAACUGGGCAUCCCUCUAUAUUUUUAACAGUUCACCUUUUCCCUUUUCCGCCUUGCUGCCGUCAGAGAAGGGAGUGUAAGAGCAAGAGAGUUCCCUUCGAGAUCAUUAUCUUAUGGUUAGGCACACGGACCUUUGCGAACCUUAUAUCAGGGUUGUUUAAUUUGUUCAAUUACUCCCCCUUAUUGCCUAUUGCCCUGAUAAGAGUAUUUCCCUUCGUUUUUUGCCUUGUACCUUGUUCCCGUUGGCUUUGCCGUGGUCUUAUUUUCUUAUUUUCUUAUUUUCUUGUUCUUUUCUUUUCUUUUCUUUUCCCUUUUUUGCUUCCGGGAGGAACCUACUACUCUACUCGUUUCAAUCACCACUCUAGAAAGGGUCUGGCGUUCGGAGAGUGCAAUUGCUGCGUUGCUUGUUUUAAUGAGAGACGAAGGAACAACCCGACCAUCCCACGCGCGACAAAGCAAUAUAACCCCUUUUUCCCUUUUUCCUUCAGCUUUUUCUCAUUUUUAUAUAGGGGGUUGUUCUACGGAUUCUGCCAGAGGAACUGCGGGUUGGCUGUCGCUCCCUCAGGCCGCCUGUCUACGGGUCUUCCCUUCUUGUGCAACUGCGUUUGCUGCUUCUGCUGUGUUUUAUAUUGCCGUGUUGAUGCGUCCGGGCUUCUUUGCCGCAUCUGUUCCUUCCCGUUGGUUAGGUUUGAUGUAAAGCUCUGUCUUUCUCUUUCCCCACGGUUUGCGGAUAAACAAAAGUCUUCUUCUUUCUCUCCUCCUGUUUCAUGUUGAUUUCAGAUCGACCUCAAGAUACAUCUUCUGCUGUUCUUCAGUGUAUUUUGCAAGCCUCGUCUAUGUUGCAUCUUGCUUAUGCCCUCUUGAGAUUUGUAAUCCGCUUGGUUUAGGCCGGUUACCUUCUCUGUGUUCCGCAUUACUCAACACAGCGCGCAUCUUACUCACGACGGACGGCCAUCCGUUUAGAUCGGCAUGCCCAGUCGCAAUAUCGCGUCUAUCACGAUGGAACUUCAAGUGGAACAUGGGCUUGAAUUACGGGCUGUGCGGCUUCUGCACUCUUUCCUCCCCAUAAUCGCUGCGAUAUAUUACUUUGUUGCUUCCUUUGUGAAAAGCAUCCCGUCCUCCAAGAAGAGGAAACCGGCUGUUCAACAGCCGAAGCGCCUCAGACUUACACUUGGCUGUAUUAUGCUCCUUGUACUAGCGACUUAUCUUGGCGAUUCAAUGGUGUUGAUAUCUGCCUCGGUUUCAAAAACUGUCGUCUCCCCGCCGCAGGACUCCAUCAUCUUUGCAUUGGCUUCCUCUCUUUUUUGGUUCAGCACUAUUUUGGCCUAUAUCGAUUCUAAAACCCUCCCAGGCUAUCCUCUUUAUGGGUCUUGGCUCCUCUAUUUUGUUUUUGAACUUGUGCUUCUUUUUCUCUACCUUCGGCUUGACUUCCCUCGAACGAAGUUGUCCAGCGCCACAGCGAUAUCUCAGGCAAUCCGACUGUCUAUCCUAGUUUCCCUCCCCUGUAUUAUUUUCAGUUCUCGCCUGUGUACGGCCAAGAGAGUUGGUGAUGAUGAAGAAAACACUCCACUACUACGUGACUCUGCAAAUGAGAUUCAGGGAGAUGGGACCGAGAACCCUUACGGAUCAUGUAAUUCGCAGAGUGCUUCAACUGAGACUGCUGGCUCCCAGAAGUCUAAAAUAGAUCCAAAACGGAAUAAUCAGGGUAAAGUGGAUUUGGAGCGGAAAGAGGUGAAUUUGUGGGCCUUUAUUACAAACUUGCGGGCUAUUGUGCCAUUCUACUGGCCUUCGAGAAAACCAAAACUUCAACUGCGAUAUUUGGGUGUUGGCGUCUGUAUGGUGCUCCAACGAAUCAUGAAUAUCGUCCUCCCUCUUCAGAUAGGGCUCAUUACCAACAUCCUCAGCAAAAAUAACGGAAUUUUCCCAUGGAAAGAACUUUCUCUUUUCGUUGCCCUUCGAUUCCUUGAUUCCAGCUGUGGUCUGCCUGCGAUUACGAAAUUCUUGUGGAUACCGCUAGAGGAGUAUUCAUACGAGAAUCUGAGCUCAGCAGCAUACAACCAAAUCAUGACCCUGUCAAGCGACUAUCAUGACAGUAAAAGUUCCAUGCAUCUCUAUCAAUUAGUGGCCCGAGGUCAAAGUGUCAAUAAUAUGGUCCGCAAGCUUUGUUUUACCAUCGGGCCUAUGGUGAUUGACCUUGCAUUAGCUGUUAGCGUUUUAUAUUAUCUAUUCGACGCUUAUAUGGCUUUGGACGUUGCAGCUAUCUCUGUGUUGUUUAUGUGGACAUCUAGCAAAAUAUUCGAUACACAGGCAAAGAAGCGCCGAGAAUUCGUUGCUAACAUGACGAAAGAGUUUACCCACUUGGGUGAAACCACGACCAACUGGUACACAGUCUCAUAUUUCAAUCGUAUAUCCUACGAGAAAUCGAGAUACUCCUCACGAAUUAGCGACCAGUUAGCCUCUCGCCGUCAGCAUACGCUCUGGGUACAUAUGCAAGAGUCUGUUCAAUCCCUGCUCUUACUCCUGGGAUUGUCAAUUGCCUGUUUUAUGGCGGUCUAUCAAGUUAUCAAAGGAACCAAGCCGAUCGGAAACUUCAUUAUGCUUCUUAGUUAUUGGGCGCAACUGUCUGGCCCCCUUCAGCUUGUGGCAUCUGGGUUUGGAAGCCUGGCUAUGGAUAUGAUAGAUAUGGAAGAACUUUUAGAGUUACUGGAACAGAAACCAACCGUUACUAACUGUGCAAACGCAAAGCCCAUGUGUCUCGACCGUGGUGAUAUUGAAUUCGUUGAUGUUAAUUUUUCAUACGAUGGAAAAAGAAAGGUUCUCAAGAAUGUGAACUUCAAGGUCAAGGCUGGACAGACCGCAGCACUGGUCGGCCAGACUGGGAGCGGCAAAACGACAAUUUUGCAGAUGCUCAAUCGCUUCUAUGACCCGACUUCAGGUAGUGUCAAAAUCGGCGGACAAGAUAUUUCUAAAGCCACACUUGAAAGUCUUCGAUCAAAUAUUGGCGUUGUCCCCCAGAACCCCGCUCUUUUUAAUGAUACCAUAAUGGACAAUAUUCGAUACGCGCGACUUGGAGCUACCGAUGAAGAAAUAAUUGAAGCUUGCAAGGACGUGGCUCUUCAUGAUCGGAUUUUAACUUUCACCGACGGGUAUAGGACGAAGGUGGGUGAACGCGGCCAAAAGCUCUCAGGAGGUGAGUUACAACGUGUUGCAAUUGCUCGUGCGAUCAUCAAGAAUCCAAAAAUUGUACUCUUGGAUGAAGCAACCAGCAGCGUCGACAGUGAAACGGAAGCUCAUGUUCAGGAGAGCUUAAACUGCCUUAGGGCAGGCCGAACAACUUUUAUCGUCGCACAUCGCCUUUCUUCUGUGAUUCACGCGGACAAAAUUAUGGUUGUUGAGGAUGGCCAAAUUGUCGAGGAAGGAAACCACACAGAUCUCCUGAACCAGAAGGGUCAUUACUACCGACUGUGGACUUUCCAAGGCGGAUGUGGUAUUCCUAUGCAGCGUGGGGCUGAAUUUCCUAUCGACGCUUUGGAUAGUAGAGGAAGCCCAUUAGUCCGGGACGAUUCUGAUGCUGCCGCCAUCUCACCGGAAGCCACAGCAAGCAGUGGGAACUGGGGCGAUCAGCCCUUAGACAUGAUCCACGAGCAAGUCCUUGGACCGUUGAGCCAGACCAACCCCAACUGCUCGAGUGGUGUUUCCACAAGAAAUCCCAUCUCGAAAAAGAUUUGGAAGCCAGACGCCCCCGAGUUUGUUCCCCGAGCUUAUCAAGCCUCCGUCGCAAGAGCACUACCAGUAACGCAUCCUCAACCAACUAGCAUCACCCAUAACUUUUCCAAUAAUGGCCAUAUUAACGGGGAAACUUAUCGACCAAGUAACGUUGGAGGGAAGGGUAAUGGUGACGGCGACCUUUUCAGUGCUUCUAAGGAAAACGUCCCUCCUGUAGUUAACGAUCCUGAGCUCGAUUCAAUGGAGGGCGGAGACAAAGGAGUCAAGUCAUUAUCCACAAAAAUGACGAUGACGUUGGGACAGGGAGGUGAUCGACAGGAAACCGCUGAAGCUAUAUCAGGCUCUGUUGUUGUGCUGCAAAGAGAUUUUCAACGGCGUCGGGAAAUGACAAAGAGUGAACCUACCGAUAUUGGCAAGAACACAAGCCAAACCGUCGACGGAAGUAACCCUUUGCUUGAUUUGGAAACUGCGGUACCACCCACUCAGCAUAAAAGCCAGUCAAGGGCUACUAAUCAACGUCGUCGUCGCCGUUACCAUAACUGGAGCAACAAUGAAAACCGCAGACAGGAAGCCAACAAGGCUAAUACCCGUGGUACUGGCUCUUCUUCCUGAUUGAAGGCGAGAUAGCACCCGUCACACGGCUCGAAAUAUAUUCGAACUUAGCAAUACACAUCGGAUCAGGCAGGAGAAACUUGUUUCGACAACGUGAAAUUCGAGAUGAUCAAAAAUGAUUGGAAAAAAAAGAUAGAGAGUCUUUUAAAAGCCUCGGUAAUGACGACUUGAUGUUACACUUGAAUUUUAUGAAAUUCCCUGUACAUAUAUACAUAUUGCUUUCCCAGCGCGGGGUCUCGAGGUUCGAUGCUCGGUGUAAUGGCUUUCAGGGAGGUUAGGCGUUGAAGGGAUAUAUUACUUAGGUUGUUAUCAAGAAUAGCCUCAUAGCCUAUAUAACAUAGAUAAAAUCGGGUUAUAAAUUAACAUCUUGAAAGCUCGCUGCUCAUUUACCUGCUGAUAGUUGGGUAUAGACUCCUCAGCCAAAUCUUUGCUUGGCCAACGCCUUCAGCACACUCAUUGUCUCCUCUUCCCGCCUCCUGUACGCUUUCAACCUCUCCUCCCUUUCCGCCGCCCGCGCCCUCAACAAUUCCUCCCGCCGAAUCUCCCUCUCAUUCUUCUUUCGCAUCUCCUUCUCCCUCUGCUUCUUCAGUGCCGCAAGAUCGUCUCCACCUGCACCGCCACCGCCCAUCAGCUCGUCAUCCCCUACUAUACCAUCAUCGUCACCGCCCGUCUUCGACUCUGCAAAAGCACGAUUGGCAGCGGCGGUCUCGCGCUUCUUUUCCAAGCGCCGCUCGCGAGUGCCGGGUUCAGCGCGCGGGGCGAUUUCUUCCUCUGCAGAGCGUAUUUGAGCCUUGUGGGCGGCCCGGGCGAGGGAGGUUUCCUUGCGCUGUGUUAUGAAAGUGGUUGUUUGAGAUUGUUUUUCGGAUUCUGUUUGUAUGGGGGUUAGUUUGGGUGUGGGUUAUUUAAACAUUUGGGAGGGUGCGCCAGGAAGGAUUCGGGUGGAUUUUAAAAUUGAAAAGGGAAAGGGAAGCGAACCUCGUUGUAGUUGUAGGUCUUGGAAGCUUGGGAUUGUCGGGCCAGAUUUUUGAUCUGCCCCGCUACUUCUGGCGAUGGCAAGUGAGGAGUCAGGUGUUGGGGGCUUGGGGCCGUAUGAUUCUUCUUCCUCGUCUUCGUCUUCGUUUUCUUCUGUGUCUUUGGAUCUUCGGUCUAAUGAUAUGACACUGCUGGUUGAGCGCUCCCGCCGGGUUUCACUUGUAUCCUUCCUACCAGGUUUUGCGUAACGUUCUCCAUAAUCCGGGGAAGCCCGGGCUCCAGGCGAAGAGACACGCUGGUAAUUUCCGGCCGCGCUGUCUUGCUGUGCCUUUUGGAACGUGCUCGGAUCGUACCAGCCCUCGGCGAGUUCUCCACGGUUCCUCAGAUGUGUCAGUACCAAGUUGCUCUUUUAAGGCUAGGGCUUUACAACACUCCCACCACCCAACAAAAGAGAAUGAAAGGAUAAAAGUAAAUCACGAACGAUGGGACACGAAUGAUGAGAGGCAGGGGAAACCAGUCGCCUUACCAUUUCCCCAUAAAACUCUUCCACCUGCCCUUUACCUCCCGCUUAUCCAGAUCCGUUAUAUCAAUGUUCUUCUGUAUAUCCAGAUACAGCGCGAACAUGGGCUCAAGAAGCUGCAAGUCGUGCUUGGAUAGCGGCCUGGCAUCGAAGGGGAGGGUGACUGGUGCUGCCACUGCCCGUCUUUCUUGUUCUCGCCUGCUGUGCUUCCUGUUUCUUCUUUCUGGGGAACGGGACCGUGCGUCUCUGUCAUCGCUGGCACGGCGGUGGCGGCGAUGGUGAUCGCGACGUCGAGAAUGCUGGGGGGGAGGGGAGUGUGAGGAGUAUACCGGUCGCGAGCGUGAUAGUGAGCGCGAUCGAGAUCUGUAGCUCCAAUAUUCAUCCCGAUGGUGUCUGGAUGCAUCCAUGGUGGCUGUGAUGGUGGUGUUUACUGUUGUAUAUCUGGGGUGGUGGUGAUCGCGCAGGUAGUGGAAACUUUGGAGGUUGGAAAGUUGCAACUUGAUGCCAAGACGCCGAGUCUG